AUGGUGUCUCGCGGCCGCUAUCGCCGAUUAUCGUUGCUCUCGGCAAUUCUAAUCCUAUCUCUUGGCUUCUUGGCCUUUUCUAGCCAUCAUCGCCGUGUGCCAGCCGUGACCUCGUUCAAAGAGCGAUACCCUUUGCUCUGGAAACACGUGCAUACCUUUAAAGGACGUGGUGGAGUGUGGUAUAUACCGACAAAUUGGGUGCAGCCAAACCCCCAACCUCGAAUUAUUAUCGAAGCCGCACACAUGCCCCAUUCACUAAUUCCCUUGAUCGUCCAUCAGACAUGGGGCCACCGACAAAUCAAUACUUUGCCAGAGGAUUUGCGGCACAGUGUCGAGAAAUGGCUGCAGUUCGUGGUCGAGGGUGAAAUGGCAUAUUUCCUUUGGGAAGAUGAGGGCAUAGUAGAGUUUAUCAACCAAUUUACGCCUGAAUCCCAUGAGCACUAUACAUCGCUGCCAUCAAUGGUUGAGAAAACAGACUACUUUCGUAUCCUAGUCGCUACAUAUGUUGGCAGGAUCACUAGAUUCGUCUAUAAUUCUACGAAGCCCGUCAGGGCGAUUUUCGGCAUUGAAGCUGAUUGUCUGCCCGCUGACCGCACAUGCUGGCGCAUGGGCUAUCCCCUAAAAACAUCAGCCGCUCGUGCUGAACAACAAGCUCUUGACCCUUUGACUUUAACGGGCCCGGAGGCCAUCACUUACGCUGCUCAGGGAUGGCUCAAUGCCAAGCUAGUGGACGAUGUGUUAAUACUUCCCAUUACUAGUUUUAGUCCCGGUAGAGGAAAGUACGACAACAUGGGCUCUAAACCCAUCACAGAUCCCACAGCACUAGUGCACCAUCAUGGCCAAGGGUCAUGGAAGAAAUUCAACCUCGUCACCGAGGUUGGUAAAAUUUGUCGCACAGUGUUUGGUCUUUGUGAGAGUUGGUCGAAGAUACAGAGCACAACGUGA